AUGAGCAGCAACGGCAGCGCAGUGGGCCAGCUCCUCUGGAGCAGGCCGCUGUGCGUCGGCUGGAGGCGGGACCAGGAAGGGGCUGUCUACCACCUGGCCACCUGCCUCCUGCUCCUGGGCUUCAUGGGGGGCAGCGGGGUGUAUGGGUGCUUCUACCUCUUUGGCUUCCUGGGCACGGGCUACCUGUGCUGUGUGCUGUGGGGCUGGUUCGACGCCUGCGGCCUAGACAUCAUCCUCUGGAGCGUGCUGCUGGCGACUGCCUGCGUGCUCCAGCUGGCACACCUGGUGUACCGCCUGCGCGAGGACACCCUCCCCGAGGAGUUCGAGCUCCUCUACAAGACGCUGUGCCUGCCCCUGCAGGUACCCCUGCCAGCGUACAAGGAGAUCGUUCGCUGCUGCGAGGAGCAAGUCUUGACUCUGGCCACGGAGCAGACCUACGCCGUGGAGGGCGAGACGCCCAUCGACCGCCUGUCCCUGCUGCUUUCUGGCCGGGUUCGUGUGAGCCAGGACGGGCAGUUUCUGCACUACGUCUUUCCUUACCAGUUCAUGGACUCUCCCGAGUGGGAAUCGCUGCAUCCCUCUACGGAGGGGGUCUUCCAGGUCACUCUGACAGCCGAGACUGAAUGUAGCUACAUUUCCUGGCCCCGGAAAAGUCUCCACCUCCUUCUGGCCAAAGAGCGAUACAUCUCUCGCCUCUUCUCAGCCCUGCUGGGCUAUGACAUCUCGGAGAAGCUCUACGCUCUCAAUGACAAGCUCUUUGCUAAGUUCAGGCUGCGCUUCGACAUCCGUCUCCCCAGCCUCUACCAUGUCCUAGGUCCUGCUGCCCCAGAUGCAGGACCAGAGUCUCAGAAGGAUGACAAGGACGUCCGUGAGCCUGCCGCAUCCCCCUCUCCUCAGGCCCUGCCCACAUCUGUCCAGCAAACACCCCCUAGCUCCCCACCUCCAGCGUCUACCAACCCUCCUGCACCUCCUCCCUGGGUCAGGAUGUCCAGGCCCGACAGCAGCGUCCUGGGUGAGGACUCUACCAGUCUGGUGCUGGAGGAUUUUGAGGAGGUGUCAGGAUCAGAAUCGUUCAUGGAUUAUCAGAGUGAUGGGGAGUACAUGAGGUGA